GUUGGAGGGAAUCGAAGAGAAAGGAUUCGUCGACUGGCGGGCCUAGUAUUUUAAAACAGCUACUCCCAGUUCUCCACGUUCAGGCUGGUGCUGUGCUGGACACUGAUCCAUUCCCCUGGAAGGCCCAGUGUCCAUAUUAAGUGAUUUGCAUCUACGUACAUGAAAACCUGCAUUUUACUUUUUCGACUGUGACUGGGGUCUGACUUGCUGCGCCUUCGGACUUUUUCCCUGCGGGACUAAACCCACGUGACCCUAUACAUCACGUUGCAGCGAAUACCACCGAGCUGGGUCGUUUGCUACUAUAUUAACCGGGGUUGUAGGCACUUUUGGAUGCGUCUGGCUGUGGAGUUUGUCAUGGUUCUUCCCUCGCCAGAUAAUCAUCAUCGCUCGUUCUUAAUCUACCCGACAAAUGACAAAGCCCAAUUUCCUAGAGCUCCCAUUAGGAGCCCGGCUCGUCUAUCUCGCCGAAGGCGGUGCCAAUGUUAUCUACCGAAUUCUUUCUCCGGCAGAAAUGGACGUUGGUCCGACAAAUGACCUUCCGAUAGCUGUUUCCAGCUCACCAUCCAAUGCAUUGGAUACUUUCCAUGUCCCAGCCAAAUUCAAGGGCAAGUUGCUCCGGCUUCGAAAAGACACGAGCGCAGGGAUCUCCUAUCAAGAAAUUGCGCGCAAUUUUGAUCGAUGUAUACGUCCUCUUUUCAAACCAGAAGAGCUGGUUGACCAGGAGCUGGUGUAUCUCCCAAAAGGGCUUGUACAUCUCUGCAACGAACAGCUGCAGGCAGCGGAGCGGAACGGCCAGCGUCCAAAACGACGCCAAGGAGUGUACCUCUCCACGAUCGAGCCAUUCGGGCUCCUCAUAACAGACAUGACCACAUUUAGCUGUCCAGGGACAACACUCUCCGAGUUGAAACCUAAAUGGCUUCUCCAAUCUCCAUCCGCACCACCUAACUCUCGGAGAUGCCGAACAUGCGCUCUCCGCGACAAGAAAAACCAAAAAGCGCGCAAAAAAGGGGUGGCGGGAGAGGAAUCCUUCUGCCCGCUGGACUUGGUAUCUGACAGAUUUGACAACGUGCUUCGUGCGGCCCAAUUUGUGAAGGGGUGCAAAGAUCGGGCGCGGCUGGCAAAGGUACUCUAUCGCAAUGGUACGCUGCAGAGGCUCUUGACACAUCAGAAAACCUUCCAAGAUGUGGGGCUCCAUGGCCCACCACCGACCUCUCGAGAGAAGUCGCUUGCGAUGACUCUGCGAGACUGUACCAUGUUCAUCAGGAUGCCACGCGACGAUUCCGGACGUGUGGAGAUCCGACUGGGGGAUUUGGAUCUCAAGACAGGGGCGGGAGGGAAAGCCCAGUAUUGGCUGGACCUGGAGCAGCAGUUGAUCAUGGAAGACUGGUACGCAGGGGCCAAGCGCAAUGUAUCCGAGAGCGAGUGCGCUCAGCAGAGUCCACGGGCACAUUCACAAUCGUCCAUAUAAGCCUCACCUCAUCUACAUCCUGCAGCUGCAAUAGCAGUAACAACGAACCGGGGAUUACAGCACCCUGUUCAGUUCACCCGGGGCCUGUUUUGGUCGCCGUAAUGAUAGACGGCCCCUUUUAUUUUUUUGAUUACCUUCAAGACCUUAAUACUGGUUUGUCUAUAUUUCGUCUUUAUUUCUUCAUCGCCGCAUAUGUAUUGGGUGGAAACGUCUGGCAACGAGUUUGAUGCAUUUCGGUUCCGGUCCUGGCUGGGUUGUCUGUUCGCUAUUUGCUGUACACUAGGAAUCGCCUUUCACUAUAGCAUCAUUGAUUAAUGUAUACACUUACGACAUA